GCCUGCGCUGCCGUUGCCGGGCAUCCGCCGGCGAAAAGACGACCUAGAGGAGGGGUGGUUGUAGCGGGGACUCCGGAAGCCCACCUUUCACCCGGAAAUGGUUGUCGAGAAACAUGGCGUUGCUGGUGCGAGUGCUUAGGAACCGGAUUAGCAUCUCCCAGUGGGUUCCAGUAUGCAGCCGAUUGCUACUUGUGUCUCAUACACAGGGACAGUGGGGCAGGGCUCUGUCUGGUACUUCCCAGUGGCCCCAGAUGAGCCAGGCCCUAUCAUGUGGUGGAUCAGUAGUAGACAUUCAGCUAAGUAGGAAGUAUCAUACCACAAAUAAGCUUUCUUCUACCAAGGAUUCCCCACAGCCUGUUGAGGAGAAGGUUGGUGCCUUCACAAAGAUAAUAGAAGCCAUGGGAUUCACAGGACCUUUGAAAUACAGUAAAUGGAAGAUUAAGAUUGCGGCCCUGCGCAUGUAUACUAGCUGUGUGGAGAAAACUGACUUCGAGGAAUUCUUUCUAAGGUGUCAGAUGCCUGAUACAUUCAAUUCAUGGUUUCUCAUAACUCUACUUCAUGUCUGGAUGUGUCUAGUCCGAAUGAAGCAGGAAGGCCGGAGUGGGAAAUACAUGUGUCGUAUCAUAGUUCAUUUUAUGUGGGAGGAUGUUGAGCAGCGUGGCAGAAUCAUGGGGGUUAAUUCCUAUAUCCUGAAGAAGAACAUGAUGCUUAUGACAAAUAAUUUCUAUGUGGCAAUCUUGGGAUAUGAUGAGGGGGUCCUUUCAGAUGAUCGUGGGCUGGCUGCUGCCCUCUGGAGAACCUUCUUCAACCAGAAAUGUGAAGACCCUCGACAACUUGAAUUGUUGGUGGAGUAUGUGAGGAAACAGAUACAGUACCUGGACUCCAUGAACGGUGAGGAUCUGCUUCUGACAGGGGAGGUGAGCUGGCGCCCUCUAGUGGAGAAGAAUCCUCAGAGCAUCCUGAAGCCCCGUUCCCCAACUUACAACGACGAGGGUCUUUGAUGGGCUGGUCCCUCCGAACAGCUGGCCAACUAGCUCUGAGAAACUGCCAGAAGAGAGGUGGCUGUUUGGCCCAGGAUCCUGCAGGAAGUGGCCUGAACUGACCUUUGAACAGCAUCUGUCAAAUGCCUGGCCCCAUUUGUGUUGAUUUUCCUCUUAGUACGCCCAGGAGUCUGAUUAGGUGGGGUACGGUACGGUGCUGGGAGAACCCUUAGCCCUUCUAAGGUGUCCUCUCCCUCAAGAGAAGCCCUGAGCAAGAGCUCCCCUGCACACACUCCCCAGGUCCCCUCUAGGAAACAUGCGAUUGACAGCUUUUCCCAAAGGCCACAGAAGGGAAUGGGGGUAGGUUAGAAAGGGGACACCCCCUGCCCCUCCCCCAAGGGCCCACUGUGGCCUAGGAGCAGUUUGUAAUGCUGCUGAGUCAAGACUGGUAACCACACUCUGUCCUCCAGCACUGAGCCGUGGGGGUUGAGUUGGCCAUUAAAAGAAACAGAGACUUCUCUCUGCCAUGGCUCUUUAUUCCUGGGUCUUGUAGCAACUUACCUGGGAUGGUGGAUGCCACGAGCUGAGGAGCACUGCCCAGCUCAGUUAGAGGCAGGGAGGGGGGAGGCUCGGGGGUCUCUGCUGCUGCUUCUGCCUCCAGUUCAUGGAGAUGUCGCUGUUCUGGCCAAGGUACAGCCUUCCAGGCCACGACCCGGGGGACCCAGGAGGCCUCUGUGGCCAGGGGGCUUGUCACAUCCUGAGUCAUUUGGAAAGAGACCUCGAGAGAAAGGUCCCUUUGUCACACACACUCCCAGUGAACUGGGUGAGGAACAUGCUGUCUCUUCCUCUCUUGGUCCCCCCUUACACGAGGUACUGGGGAGAAGGGAAGAAGAGGAGAACACACGCUUCCUGGCUUCGUUGCACCGCCCCAGGACCCAGCCCCGUGCCCAGCCUUCCACCCCCUUCCCAACUGCAGGAGCAUGGGCUGCAGAGCCACCUUGGUCUGCGCACUUGAGGACCAGUCCCCUCCUCCCUCUGAGUGUGGGUCAUCUCUGGGGGAAUUUUCUUUAAAUUGAAGAAAGGGGGCGGAGAACCAUAUUGCCCCUCCCCCCAUCAAACUUCCUUCAUUUAACUUGCUAUAAAAUGAGUCAUAUAAAGAAACUCUAUAAGGGUGAGGUAUAUCUCACUUCUGUGAAAACAUUACAAAUCAAACCGCCUUCUCUGAGUUUAUUUAAGAUGCUUUUGUUGCACACGGAGCUCUAGAGUGAAGCCUCCUGUGUGUGUGAGAUAAUAACACCUUGUAACUCAUUACAGCUGGGCACUAUUUACAUAAACCAGAGCUGGGCCAGGCAGGAAUUUGCUGAUUAAUUUAUUUUUAAUGGAGUGAAGUAUACCAUGCACCAAAAUAAACUUUACGGUGUGUACCUAA